GUUAUUAAACGUCAAAGGAGAGAGGAGCUUGGCGCAUUUCACGGAAGACGCGAAAUCUAGGAUGCCGACGCUCAACAUUAGCACCAAUGUGCCGCUCGAUGGCGUCUCGACAUCGGAUAUUCUCAAGGACGCUAGCAGGACAGUCGCGCGCGUUCUUGGCAAGCCAGAGAGUUAUGUGAUGAUCAUCAUAAAUGGUGCUGUGCCAAUCUCUUUUGGAGGGAGUGAGGAGCCAGCAGCAUACGGGGAGCUCGUUUCAAUCGGCGCAAUCUCUCCCGACUCGAACAAGAAGUUGAGCAAAGCCAUAGCCGAGCUCCUCCAGUCCAAGCUCGCAGUGCCCCCGAAUCGCUUCUACAUCAAAUUCUACGAUGUCAAGGGAAGCAACUUUGGCUGGAAUGGAUCGACUUUUUAGGCAGAACUUUUUCUUGAUAUAAAUCUUUGCUCGCUCGUAUCGUUGGUAAGAAAAUUGCUACAAUGGGGGGCGGGGCGAUCUUCGUUUUGAUCGUUUUAAUCUAAAGAACGAUUUGAUAUCUUUAGCUA